AAAAAGAAUCAAAUUAAAGAGACUUGUUUAUAUUUUUCUCCUUUUUUGUGUACUUCUGGGUUUACUCCCAAAAUUCCAACCCAAAUCCUUCACUAUUAUUGGUAGAUAUUAGAAGAAGAAGAAGAAGAGAAGAUGGUCCUGGUUUUGGCUUUGGGGGAUCUACAUAUACCUCAUCGGGCGGCUGAUCUCCCCCCGAAAUUCAAGUCCAUGCUGGUUCCCGGCAAGAUCCAACACAUCAUUUGCACUGGCAAUCUUUGCAUCAAGGAGGUUCAAGAUUACUUGAAGACUCUCUGCCCUGACUUGCACAUUACCAUAGGUGAAUACGAUGAAGAAACAAGAUAUCCCGAGACCAAGACGCUAACUAUCGGACAAUUCAAGUUGGGAUUGUGCCAUGGUCAUCAGGUUAUUCCCUGGGGUGACCUAGACUCCUUAGCCAUGCUACAGAGACAGCUGGAUGUAGACAUACUCGUGACGGGUCACACCCACCAGUUUACCGCAUACAAACACGAAGGUGGGGUUGUUAUAAACCCGGGAUCUGCUACCGGCGCAUAUAGCAGUAUCACUUAUGAUGUCAACCCAAGCUUUGUCCUGAUGGAUAUCGACGGGCUACGUGUCGUGGUCUAUGUCUAUGAACUCAUCGACGGAGAGGUUAAAGUCGACAAGAUCGAUUUUAAGAAGACAGCCACCACAACUCACUCUGCCCAUUGAACAUUUUAACAGGUUUGUUAUCUGCUGCUGUCGACAUGUUUAUUCGCUCAAAAAGUUUGUCUUGCUGUCUACUGUUAUGUCCUGUUUUUAGAAGCCAUUUUGGAGACACAAUCUCUAAACCUUCUUUCUC